CAGGAAACAUGAGUUUCAGGUGGACAUCAAGUUGAGCUAGUUAGUUAGCUAGUUAGCUGUACCUUUCACUACACUAUUCCUUUUUGGUGUAGUGUGUUUUCUGGCUUCGUAUAUAAUUCGUGGUUGGUUACAUUUCUUACUUUUUAAGGAGGAUGGCUUAUCCGAAUUGUUCAUUGAAUGUGAACAGACAAAUGCUGGACCCCAGCUUUGAAAGUUACAGGCUUUCGUUAGACUCAGUUCCAUGCUACACUGUACAGCUGGAUGCGGCUGUGGCUGAGGUUAAACUGAAAGACAGUCAGUAUACUCUGGAUCAUAUGAAGGCAUUUGGCAUGUACAAUUACCUACACAUUGAUCCUUGGUAUGAAGAGAGUGUUUAUUUUGUCGACUGCAAGGGAAGGGUUCUCAAUUUGACAGUCACAUUGGACACGGCCCUGGGGAAACCGCGGGAGGUGUUCAGGAUGGACCCAGAGGCUGGCUCGCCUGAGGGUGAGCGCCUGUGUGCCUCCCUCAGCCUGACCUCAGCCACGUGGGCUGCCCUGUCGGAUGGCGCGGGGACUCUGACCCUUCUGCGCACCAGCAAGAGAGGAGAGAGCUCCCACCUCAAAUGGGAGCCCGUGUUCAGUGAAUGUCUCGGCGAGCCUUUCACCAUCCUGCACAGCGUCUGCCACGUCCAGCACGGCAUCCACGCCAUCGAGCUUCUGCUGCUGAGGCUGCAGAAGGACCCAGACGACACCCGGGGCAGCGGCUUCUCCACCUCGCUGGAGUGGCUAACGGUCUCCAACUCCGCCAGUCUGGAAAAGAAGUACGAAGUGAGGAAGAGGAGGCUGAUGAAGGGCAACUCGGUACCCCACUAUGCCGCUUUGGGGCCGCAGGGGAAGGGGCUGAUGGUGGCCUCUGAAAAGCCCUUCAGCUUCCAGCAGGUCGACGGAGUUCCGCUGGUAGAAGCGCGUGCUGAGCCCAUGCAAGUGGACAGCUCAGAACCCAUCUACGUUUGGCAGCAGACAGCCGAGGACGUCACGGUGCGCGUCCGUCUCCCCGAGGGCACUGGCAAAGGCGACGUACGCUUCGAGCUGUCGGCGGACAGGGUCUGCAUCGGCUUGCGAGGUGGCGAGCCCCUUCUCGAAGGUCCUCUAUGUGCCCCUGUUGACGCUGAGGCCAGCACCUGGACUAUCGGUGAUGACGAGAGUCUGGAGGUGACCCUGCAGAAGCGCAUCGAUGGGCCGCUCUGGUCUGAGGUGGUGCUGGGGGAUAAGAGGGGACAGUGCCUCAUUAACACGGAACAGGCCACGCACAUUCACCAGGGACUCUCUCACCUCACUGCCGAAGAUCCGAAUGCUAACCCGGAGAAAGACAAGCCCCCUUGUAAUGCUCAGGAGCUGGAGGACUGCGAUAGGUUCCCAGAGGACAGCUCGACGCUGAUGCGAUUUGAUGGUGACACCCUGAAGCCCACUCAUGUGGUGAACCUUGCCAGCCACCAGUACCUGUUCACCGCAGACACAAGCCCAUCUGAAAUGCCCGCCCUCUGCUUGCGGCACGACGUGGAUGCCUUACUAUGGCAGCCACGCCCUGAGUGCCCUAAUGACAUGUGGGAGCAUGUCGCCACCUUCAACGCGCUGGGGUAUGUGCAGGCCUCAAAGCGGGACAAGAAGUUUGCGACAUGCGCGCCCAAUUUCUCCUACGCCGCGCUAGCCGAGUGCAUGAGGAGGGUGUUCAUCUACCGGCAGCCAUUGCCCGUGGACACGGUACUGUUCAACCGCAAACAGGGCCGGCAAGUUGGUCAGGUUGCCAAGCAACAGGUUGCCAGCUUGGAGUCCAACGAACCCGUGCUGGGCUUCAGGGCCACUAAUGAGAGACUAUUCGUUUUAACCUCCAGCAACCUCUUCGUACUCAAGGUGAAUAAUUAAAUCUUCUGUUUAGAACUUCCUCUGGGUGCGCUUUAGUUGUCCCUCAUGUGACGAUCAUUCAGCAAGUGGAACAAGAAAAUCAAAAGUUCUGAAAUGUGCCCAGCAGUUUUGAGUACUGCUUAUAUAAUCUGGAGGUGUGCUUCUGUUUUAGUUAGGCCGGUUGAAUGUUGGUCAGUAACCCUUGUAAAAGCAUCAUUUAAAACUGGAAAAGAUGUCAGUUUUUAUAAUAUGUAAGUGUGAACCUGUAGAAGUUAGUCAUUAAAGAUGUAAAAAGAUGUGCUUUUCCUCAGAUGCAAAAUAUUGUACAACUGUUACAUAUGUAUAAAUAAUAACAGCAACAACAACAAUUAAUAAUAAUAAUAAUAAUAAUAAAAAGCACCUCAUCACAUUUACUCUCAUUCCAGCUGCACCCAUUUUCAUUUCUCUAUUUCUGUGACGAUGUUUUUGGUUAAACGUCUAUGUACAGUCCUUGAUGGUGGUCCACGCAUGAAACACUUUUGCCAUUUCAAAUAGUGAUUCAACCUGCAGGUACAGUGGCACAUCUGAUGAGGUUUUAAAAUCUGACCACCCAGCACCUGACUGCCGAGUAACACACCCAAUCGGGGCCUCUUUGAGGCAUGCAAAUGGAAGCAUGUUCUAUGGAUUGAAUUGCAGCGGUAUGUACAGUACACUGGUAUCAGUACAGUAUCGAACAUGUAAGGUACAGUUGCGUCCUGCACACAAGCCCUGUGAAGUGGAAGAAUCCCCACAGAUGCCGAAUAUCUACCUUACAGACCAGUGUUACCUGAACAUAAGUGUUUUCUAAGAGAUUGGAUCGGUUCCAUUAUGCAAACAGGAAGAUGCUCGAUUACACUCAGAUGAAAUUAAUUCAGAUUUGGCUAAAUGUGCUGCUUUUGAUGCAGUUUGUUAAACACACAAACAACAAAAAACGUCUAGCAUCUUAUUAGUUUAGCAAGAGGAUUUAGUUUUUUUUACGAUUCUUGCCUGACACUUAAACGUGGUUUUGUAAUACAGUUUUUGUCCUGAAUUAUUUUAAAUACAAAAUUCCAUAUGUCAUUAAUGAAUGUGGUGUAAUGGAUGUAUUAAGGUGAGUAAUACAACUGAAAAUACAUUCAUGUUGUGUUUUUGUUUUUUGUGCAAUUUCUCCAAGUAAAUUGUACCUAUUGUU